AUGCCUCCGGAACCAUCUUAUUUGCCUCAUCCUAUCGAACGUUCAAUUCCAAUUCUUGGGAAAUCUCCCAAGGAAGCAAGUAAGGAGAAUCUUGAAGAAGAAGGAAAGGAUAAAGGCAAGAGCAAGGAAAGUGUACCGGAACCUCAAUACAAGGAUCCAGGGCGCCCUACUAUCGCUGUUACAAUUGGAGGCAAGCGUAUCGAACAAGCUUUGCUCGAUCUUGGUGCAAGCGUUAAUCUACUUCCGUACUCUGUUUAUCAAGAGCUUGGUUUGGGAGAGAUGAAACUUACUCGUGUCACUCUUCAGUUAGCCGAUCAAAGUGUUCGUACACCGCGGGGAGUAGUAGAAGAUGUUCUAGUGCAAGUUGACCAAUUUGUUUAUCCGGUGGAUUUUGUGAUUCUCGAUACCAAUCCGACCGACUCUUCUGGUGCUUCUACUCCGGUUAUUCUGGGAAGACCCUUCUCAGCCACGGCGGAUGCAGUUAUCAAUUGUCGAAAUGGACUUCUCAAUAUGACCUUCGAAGAACACGUGGAUGAGUUACUUUUCAGUGAUCCUUUGGAAGUUGCUCUUACAGCCAAAGAGGUCGAAUUUCUCAAGUCUUCUAAACUGAGUUAUUUGUGUUCAUUGUUGGGUGAGGAAGAUGAAGCUUGCGCUGUAAAUUCUUGGACUCCAAAGUUUGAAGAGUUUGAGGAGCUACCACCAAUUGAGAAGAAGGUUCUCCCAUCUAGUGUUGAGUCACCGAAAUUGGAGUUGAAGCCCUUACCUGAUACUUUGAAGUACGUUUUUCUUGGAGACAAUGAGACCUAUCCUGUGGUUAUUUCCUCUUCUCUUGGGAAUCUCCAAGAGAUGAAGUUGAUUAAUUCACUAAGGAGGCACAUGAAGGCUAUAGGAUGGACAAUUGCUGAUAUCAAAGGGAUCGAUGCUACUCUUUGUUCUCACCAUAUUGCUUUGGAGGAUAAUGUCAAGCCAUCUCGCCAACCUCAAUGUCGUUUGAACCCGAUUAUGAAGGAUGUAGUUCGUGCUGAAGUUUUGAAGCACUUGGAUGUUGGAAUCAUCUAUCCUAUCGCCGAUAGUAAAUGGGUGAGCCCGAUUCAAGUUGUACCAAAGAAAUCCGGAGUUACAGUUGUGAGAAAUGAGGAGAAUGAGCUCGUGCCUACUCGUGUUCAGACUGGAUGGAGAGUUUGUAUUGAUUAUCGUAAGCUCAAUGCAAGUACCAGAAAGGAUCACUUUCCCUUACCAUUUAUUGAUCAGAUCUUGGAAAGGAUAGCCGGCCAUGCAUUCUAUUGUUUCUUAGACGAUGUUCCGUUUGAAUGGACCCCCGCGCGUGAGCAAGCUUUUGUUAAGUUGAAGGCUAAUCUCACCACUCCUCCUAUUGUGCAACCACCAGAUUGGAGCCUUCCGUUCGAGCUUAUGUGUGAUGCAAGUGACUAUGCUGUAGGAGCCGUUUUGGGGCAAAGGAAGGACAAGCAUCCGUAUGUUAUCCAUUAUGCAAGCAAGACUUUGAACGAUGCUCAAGUAAAUUACACUACCACGGAGAAAGAGCUACUUGCGGUAGUGUUUGCCCUUGAUAAAUUCCGGUCUUAUCUUAUUGGAGGCACCCCUAUUGUUGUGUAUACGGACCAUUCCGCUCUUAAGUACCUACUUACCAAGCAAGAUGCCAAAGCUCGUUUGAUACGAUGGAUUUUACUUCUCCAAGAGUUCAAUUUGACUAUCAAGGACAAAAAGGGUGUCGAGAAUGUGGUAGCCGAUCAUUUAUCAAGAUUACAGUUCAAGGACCCUACUCCAAGUUUACCUAUUGUGGACACGUUUCCGGAUGAUCAAUUGUUUGCUGUUUCGAGUGCCCCAUGGUUUGCAGAUAUAGUGAAUUAUUUGGCUACGGGACUCUUACCGCCACAUUGGUCCCCUCAAGAACGUUGUCGGUUCCUUCAUGAAGUAUGA